GUUUAUCACCAAAAUUGUGUGACCACACAGGAACAAGGCCUCCACCAAUCCAGUGUGACACUGCUCUUCGUCUUUUUGCGAAGUGUGCAAAAGUAUAUUAUUACUACCAAACAGCAUAUGCAUUUUUUGCUCAUUGCCAUUCUCUCCAACUAUAAUAAUUACGCCUAUAUUGAUUCCUCUUUUGUGGCUCCAAUUUCCCUCUUCCCUCAAUCUCCCCAUUCUGUUUCUGGCUCCUAUACGGCCCCAAGAUUCUCUCUUUUUCCCAGCCGCAAUUAAUCACAGUUUAACGAGAAUUCGAGUAGUACAAAGGCCAAACUUCUUACUAAACCCAAAUUUCCCUUUUUUCUUCCUGCUCGUUUGUCUUUGUUGAGAUUUAGGCUUGGUGGGUUUUACAGAAUAGCGAGAACCCACAAAUUUGUUCACGUGAUUAUGGCUUGUAUGGAUUGAUUUUGGUUUUUUUUGGUUGUAGUUUGAAAGAAUUAUGCAGCCUUCAACUGUUUCUCAAGAACCCACUAUUAAUGUGUUUAAUUACGUACCCCAGUUUGGUUCCCUUGUGUUUGAUAAAUCUCUGAAGUACGCUAACAGCUUCGGUUUGAAUGGGCACUCCGCAUUGUCGUCCAACAGUUUGUAUUUGGAUGGCUUAGUUCGUUAUGUUGAUCAUAAUAAGCCACGAACUGUAGCUUCGUUGAGUUUGAGCUCCAAAGGUGCUGCCUUUAGGAUUAGUAAUGCUAUCAAUCAGUUCAACAGGUUUAUUAAGUUGUACUGUGAGAAGAUCCCAAUUGGUUUUGCCUCACUUGGGUUUGGUUCUGGGAAUAGCCAUGGGUACGGGGAGGACGGAAAUGGUGUUUCUGAGAGCGAGGGGAUUCCUGGUAAUGGGGUUGGGUCAGAGAGUCCCAAGAAAGUUCUGAUUCUAAUGAGCGAUACUGGUGGCGGACACAGGGCUUCUGCUGAGGCUAUUAAGGCUGCUUUCCGUGAACAAUUUGGUGAUGACUAUCAGGUAUAUAUUACUGAUUUGUGGACAGAUCAUACUCCUUGGCCUUUUAACCAAUUGCCUAGGAGCUAUAACUUUUUGGUGAAACACGGCCCUUUGUGGAAACUGACGUAUUAUGCUUCAUGCCCUCGUGUGGUUCAUCAAUCUAACUUUGCGGCUACCUCAACUUUUAUAGCUAGGGAGAUUUUCAGAGGUUUAAUGAAGUACCAGCCUGAUAUCAUUAUAAGUGUUCAUCCUCUGAUGCAACAUGUUCCACUACGUAUUUUGAGAACAAAGGGUCUUCUGGAUAAGAUUGUGUUUACUACCGUAGUGACAGACUUGUGCACAUGCCAUCCCACAUGGUUUCACAAACUUGUAACAAGAUGCUACUGUCCAUCAGAAGAGGUUGCAAGGCGAGCAUCAAAAGCCGGGUUGAAACCCUCCCAAAUUAAGGUUUAUGGCCUUCCAGUCCGACCUUCCUUCGUCAAGCCUGUUCCGCCUAAGGUUGAUUUAAGGAGAGAGCUUGGAAUGGAUGAAUACCUUCCAGCCGUAUUGCUUAUGGGUGGCGGGGAAGGUAUGGGGCCCAUUGAGGCUACAGCUCAAGCUCUUGGAGAUGCAUUAUAUGAUGAUUCUACUGGUGAGCCCAGGGGUCAGCUCCUUGUGAUAUGUGGUCGCAAUAAAAAACUUGCAAGCAAAUUGCUUGCGAUUGAUUGGAAUAUACCAGUCCAGGUACGUACUUCUGUGAAUCCUUGCUGUGGUUUGUUCUUCUGUGCAACCUUUCCAUGGUUUGUUCUCCAUUUGUGCCAUAUUUAAUUAAUGCUAGAUGACAGCAGAAUUUUAAGAUCAUUUUAAUUGAAGCCUAUGAUCACUGCUUGCAUACUGCCAUUGUUAAUUUGCAAGGUCUUAUGAUGAGCAAAAAAUUAGUGUUUAUGUACUGUGCUUUCAGUUAUAUUAAUUGAAUUGCCAUAAGUUGAGCUUAAUUCUUAGAUGAAUGUCUUCCUUUUCCAAUAUUUAAAGGAACCACCUAGAACUACAACCGGGAAUAACUCUCACUCUAUGGAGAAUUAACAUGAUAUUUUCUUGUACACGUCAGAUACUACUUCUGUCUUCUUUUCUGAGGUCCACAACUGACAUGAGAUCUUUACUGAUUUUCCUUGAUUCCUGCUGGAUUAAUCUGAAGUUACACCAUGUAAUAUUUAAAGGAACCGCACUUAGAUCUACAACUGGGAAUAAUUCUAACUCUAUGUAGAACAUGUCCUAUACUACUUCUGUCUUCCUUCUGAGGUCCACAACUGACAUAGGAUCUUUACUGAUUUUCCUUGAUUCCUGCUUUAUUAAUCUGAAGUUACCCCUUUGUGCAUGGUUAUUUGUGUAUGUCUUUUUAAAUUAAUGAGUGCACUGAAUUGCUGAACACGACCUUGCGUUAUAGGUGAAUGUUUUUGUCAUUGCUAGUGGAUGAAGUUCUCUGACUUGAACAUUAACUUAAUUAUCUUCCUGUACAUGUCAGUUAUUACUUGUGUCCUCCUUCUUAACAUACAUGAUGAUAUCUUCAAUGUUUUCUCUUCAUUAUUUCUGAAGCAUUAAUCUGAAGGAACUCAAUUGUGCAUGGUUAUAUGAGUGUUUUUAUAUUCUUUUAUCUGAACAGUGAGAUACAUGUGCUGAACACAACCUUGGAUUGUAGGUGAAGGGUUUUGUCACAAAAAUGGAGGAAUGCAUGGGUGCUUGUGAUUGCAUUAUUACUAAGGUAAUUUUCUAGUGGCUUUCAACUUUUUUAGCUUCUCUGCCACUAAAUGAAGCAAGUUCAUACCUUACAUCACCAUAUUUACGCAUUCAUUUGUUGGUAGGCUGGUCCUGGGACUAUUGCAGAAGCCAUGAUUCGAGGUCUUCCAAUCAUUCUUAAUGGCUAUAUUGCUGGGCAGGUAAAUUAUUUUGUACUUCCCUGAACGUCCGUCGAUCACAUCAGUGCUGUUUCCUAGGAUGUGGUCACUUCUUGAUCAGUGGCUGUAUUAUCACUUGAAAAUUUUUCUUAAGUUGUUCCCUUAUAACUAGCUCACAUAUUCCUGCUUUUGAAUCCUGUUGAGCACGAUGUUUAAAACCUUGCAUGGUGGGUUUUUUUUUUUUUUUUUUAUAAAUCAAAACAGGCAGUGCCUGGUGGGGAAGCCCUUUUUAUUUAAAUUUAAAUAAAUAAAGAGGAGGCGGCAGUGAACCUUGCAUGUAUUGACACAAUACAUAUUGCAUAUUUUAAUGGUCUAGUACACAACAUGUUGAAAUCCUUAAUUGUCCUACUCGAACUUAAACCUGACAUAUCUCAGCAAUCUUCUUACUGGAAAUAAGUUGAACAAAACAAUAGCGUUUACUCAGUUUCCUAAACAAUUUGUAAAAUGGAAUUUCACUUAAAUACAAAUGUUUUCUCUUUUCUCCUGGAAAAAAUAACCCUGAUCUCUGGUAUGAUGUCAAGAAUAUUCAUACGAAGUCGCAUGUGGGCGUUGUGAAUUUUCUUAUUCUGUCCCCUCUUUGUCAUUUGGUUAUGUGCUUUACACCUGAAAUACCCCUAGAGUCAUUGCCAUGUUCAGAAAAGAUUGCCGAAGAAAGAACAUCGUAAAUUGGUCCCCUCUUUCUCGUAAAGAACAUUGUAAAGUCAUUGCCAUGUUCUGUCUCCUCUUUCUCACAAAAAAAUGAUCCAUUUCUUAUAUGGUCCUUUGAAAAUUUUCCCCUACUUCUGUGUAUGACUUUCCAUUUUUCCGUUGCUUCUGAACUUUGAUUUCAAGAACCCUAAGAGCUGCAUUUUCUCGGAAUACAGGAAGCUGGGAAUGUGCCGUACGUGGUUGAAAAUGGGUGCGGAAAAUACUCAAAAUCUCCUAAAGAGAUCGCCAAAAUAGUAGCUGAGUGGUUUGGUCCAAAGAAUGAUGAGCUAAAAUUUAUGUCACAAAACGCAUUGAGACUGGCGAAGCCAGAUGCUGUAUUUAAGAUUGUUAAUGAUAUGCAUGAGCUAGUCAGCCAGAGAAAUUUUGUACCUCAAUUUGUAUAAUUCAACUGCCAAACUAUCAAAAUUUUGCUCAUAUUAUUUGUUAUAUGAAAUACCAAUUUUCCCUGUAAUGUUGAAUCUGGUUUUAGUAAUAGAGAUACACCUACAAGAGGUGAGGAAAAGAAUCUGCAGGAGUUGUUUUGUUUUUAACUUUUGUUAGUUUGGUCAAGAACUUUUGAAAAACUAUGAAACUCUCAGAGUUUGGUACAUUUGGACGCCAGACUGCUUACUGAGCC